AUGGCUGACUCUUAUUUAGUCGGACAGUGUUUGUCCAACGUGACAACCAAGCCACAGCAAGAUCCCCGCCAGAUGUUUCACUCGCUUGAUUCAUGGCGCAAAUCUCUCCCUGUCAAGAUGCAUAUGAAUGAGAACAUUGGAACCGAUGUGUACUAUCUGGCUAUGCAAGCCAUGGGCUACAGAUUUGAAUGCAUCUUGUGUCGAUUGAUACGACGUUGUUGGCAGCAGACCCAUCAUGCGGACUGGAGCGAGUGGGUCAAACAGCGGCUUCGGUCUGCUAUUUUGGAGUUGGACACAAUUACCAAAAGGGUUCUGGCGAGUGGUACCCUCCAGGACUUUCCCAUAUCUUUUAUAACCACAAUAAUUGCACUGCUCGCUCUACACAUCGAAUCGGCCCUCGAUACAGCCGAGACAGAUCUCGUUCGUUCGAUGGCCCAAAUCUCUAUUAGCCAGACAAUGCUUGUUCUCACACAGGGAAAAGAAAUACCAGCCCUGAAACGAGCCCUGCCAUUAUUCGAGGAGAUUCUUGCCAAGAAAAAUCUGUACUUGAUUCCACCCAACAGUGUCGGUCAAGUACAAGAUAACACCAUGGUGGAUGCAGACGCUUCGCUGCAUACACAGGCAGAGCAGUAUGAGAAUAAUCCGUUGCUCUAUGAUGAUUUUCUAGGAUUUGAUUUAUUGGAUGAAUGGCAGAUUGGGCAAAUGGAUUUUACUGGCAGUGGUUAA